AUGGAGGGUGCAUAUCUAGCUACGGCGGUUGAAAGAACACCAAAAUCACCUCGAAUGGAUAAAGGAGGAAGAGCCACUACGAGUAUAAGAAUGAGGAAGGUGUUAACCGGUUCGACGACAAAAGUCGACCAUCCGAAUAAAAUCGAACACAUCCCCAAUCUUGCGUGUGCCAUUCACACAUCCACGGGAUUGGAAAAGUCAUUGAAGCGCAUAAUUGGAUUCACUCUAACGUCCGUGGAAGCCAGCCUUAAUGACCCGAUUGAACUCCCAACGGCACCGGAAGAUAGCAUCGGUUCACCUUUGAAUAUUGGCUGUAUUAGCAUAGUUAAGAAGAUCAACGACACUAUGCCUCCUCCACUAAACCAUCAAAGGUUGAGCCACCGGUCUUUGCGCUAG